AUUUGGAGGGCACCUGUCAGAAAGUUGAACUGUUGCACGUGUUGACUUAACUGAUGUAUGUUUCAUUUUGGUCAGUGGGCGUUUUUAACGAAAGAAAGAGAAAGCUAUUUAGUUAAAUCCUCACGAAUCGUCACGUUUCAAGUACUCUUGGAUGGAUAGAUAUUGCCAUCAUAUAUGUGUACUGGACCAUAUCUAUUAUCUAGCUGUUGAAAGAGUCGUCGGUACAGGUACGACAGCUGUAUGCCUCCCAGGACACUUACGAUGGUGAUUGCGAUUCACACAUGACAUGGUGGGCUUCAACCCAGACCAGACAACUCCAUUGUCUUCAACACAGUAUGCCAUUGCUGGAGCUGUCAGUGGAGCCGUCACUAGAGCAGUGUGUCAGCCAUUUGACGUGUUGAAGAUAAGGUUCCAGUUACAAGUUGACCCCAUUGUGAAGAGUGAUGUUUCUAAAUACUGGGGUAUCCGUCAUGCAGUCAAAAGUAUAUUGCAAGAAGAAGGUUGGAGAGCAUUCUGGAAGGGACAUGUUCCUGCCCAGGGCCUAUCUGUUGUCUAUGGCAUUGCACAGUAUACAUCCUUUGAGGUGUUCACAAGGCUCGUGUGGGAGCACCUGCCAGAGCACAUGACCCGGGAGUACCGACCUUUGACCCACUUGUUUUGCGGGAGCUUGGCAGGAUGUGUGGCAGCUCUCACUGUGCAGCCGCUGGAUGUCAUGCGGACGAGAUUUGUAGCUCAGGGGGAACCCAAGAUGUACAGGAGUCUGGGUGAUGCUGUUAUAUCAAUAUGGCGGCAGGAUGGUGUUGUAGGCUUUUACCGUGGUUUGGUACCAGCAGUUACUCAGGUUGCUCCACAGAUGGGGCUACAGUUUGGCCUAUAUUCUCUUUGUAACUCAAUUUGGGAUGUCACCAAGUCUAAUGACAGUGUUCUCCCAGCUGUUUUACCCAGCCUUGUGUGUGGAUCAGCGUCAGGUCUGCUAGCCAAGCUGAUUAUCUAUCCUCUAGAUGUUGUCAAGAAACGCCUUCAGGUGCAAGGAUUUGAGAAGGCCAGAGAAUCCUUUGGCACUUUCCACCAAUACAAAGGUUUUGUUGACUGUAUUGUGAAGGUUUUAGCAGCUGAGGGAGCCCUUGGACUGUACAAGGGAUUGGCUCCCAGUCUGAUCAAGGCAGCAGUGGUAGCUGGUUGUAACUUCUGUGUUUAUGAUCAAGUAGUGUACAUCAUGUCCAGAUGAUGUAGGGUUUAACGUAUAGUACAACUCCCUUUUCCUGGACCCUGGUAGUUUGGCAGUGCUGUGAGCUGAACAACCAUUGUUAUGAACAUAAGUAAUAAAGUACAGAAAUAAUAUCUUAGAGCUGCAUCAAUUGUAAGUCAGUGUUAAAGUAUAGGAUUACAAGCGGCCUUAUGUAUUUAUGGGUGGUGUGGAAGUAAUUGACUACAAACCUGUGAAGUAUUGGGAGCAUCUGGUGUAUGAGGAUGUAAGGAUUUACCAACAUAUCAAAACAUUGCUAUACUUUCAUCCUCAUUAAUCUCCAGGGUAUAUGUUCUGAUAAAUCUCCACAAGUACCCUGGAUGCAUCUACAGCUCGGCCCGAUAAUUUUAUUACCUCCCUUUGCUGCCUCCGCCUUCUCACAGUAGCCAGUCAGAUAAGCCAUUACAACCAGCUUGCCAGUGUCAACAAAGAUGACGGCCGCAGUCAUGAAGAUUUGAUUGCUGUGUGACUCAGAAUUAGGGAAAAAAUCAUACAGACAAAUUGACAGGUCUGAAACCUUCAAAAAAUAUAUUUAAGAACUCCUUCUUCUACCUCUUAUAAUUACUGUUUGUCAAAGAAGCGGAAGUGAGUUAUGUCAGAAGCCUUCUCUCGCUCAACAUCCUAGUGUAGACCCCUGAUUGGAUAAAAAGCCAACGAAGGGAGGUAAUAACAUUAUGGGACUGAACCAUAGAUGCAUCCAGGGUACUAGUGGAGAUUCAUCAGAACGUAUACCCAGGAGGUUAUUGAGGAUGCUAUGCUUUGUGCUGUGUAUCAUUUGGACUUCUUGUACUGAUACAAGUUGAUACAUAUGAAUAAUUUGUUAAACAACUUUUUCCAGUCAAUAUUUGAUUUCAUAAAUUAUGUCAAAAUUAAUUAGUCCCGACAGAAAACAACUAUUAUGGAUUUUAAAUAUUUAUAAAUCUCUGUUGAGUUUUCAUAAUGUGAUUUUGUUGCACUAUUAGGGUGUUUUUGCUUAUGGACCCUUGUAACGGCUUUUACAUGACAAAUUUCUAUGGAUGAAUUGCAUUCUGUAUUGUGUAAACAAUGAAACAAUCUUGCUCAGGGCCCUGUUGUUUUUAAACACUGCUGCCAACUGUAGGUAAUUUCUAUGUAUGUACAAAGGACACUACUCUAGCAGUUAUUCAGUCCUUUGUUUAUGGAUAACAUGGUAAGUGCCUACUGAUAUAUUCCAUAUUGUGUAUACUGCAUACAAUGAAAACCUUGCAAUUAGCAUCCUGUUGUUUUUAAACACUGCUGCUGGCUGUUAACUAUAAAGUACAUUGACCUGUAUACAAAGGACAUUACUCUGACAAUCAUUAUCUGGAGAUUUAAUAGUUGGGAUGAUUCUUAUUUUUAAGGGGCUGUGGGGUAGCCUAGUGGUUAAAGCGUUGGCUCGUCACGCCGCGAAGACCCGGGUU